AUGGACGAGGAACGUAGAAAAGAUAUUUUUAAUGGCGAUGCAGAAGGGACACUUGGGUUCUUGGCAGCGAAGAAGGAUGCCGAUGACAUGUUCUUUUAUAAAUAUCAUGUAGAUAACGAAGGAAGAUUGGCAAGGUUGUUUUGGGCAGAUUCUAAAUCUCGUGCGGACUUCAGUGUAUUUGGAGAUGUAUUGGUAUUUGAUACAACGUACAAAACAAAUAAAUACCGCAAGCCACUAGUUGUACUUGCAGGGGUAAACAACCAUUUGAACAGUACUAUUUUUGGCUGUGCACUGCUAUUAGAUGAGAGGAUUGAAACAUAUGAAUGGGUGUUAAGUACAUUUGUAGAGGCUAUGAAAGGUAGAAAGCCAGUAGCAGUGAUGACAGAUGGGGACAGUGCAAUGCGAAGAGCUAUAAAGAAUCUUCUCCCGGAUGCUUGUCACAGGCUAUGUUCGUGGCACUUGCAUAGAAAUGCACGGAGUAAUAUUCGCUGCGAGGAGUUUAAUAACAGGUUGUAUAACCUGAUGGUGAGAAAGUGUAGCACUCUUGAGUUUGAGGAUCGGUGGGCUAGGUUGGUUAAUGAAUGUGGGGUGGUAGAGAAUGAGUGGGUGAAGAAGUUGUACCGUAGGAGAAGAAGUUUUGAUUUGGCAAUAGCAUGGCUUCGACAUACUGAGAGCAAAGCAGUUCACACAAGCGAAAACACAAAACCAGUCUUAACCACAAUCCUGCCCGAAUUAGAGGGGGGCGCAGCGGAGGUGUUUACAAGGAAUGUGUUCUUCAUGGUGAUGAAGCAUUUGAACAGGCAAGGACUUCUAAUUUCUGAGGGUUGGAGCGAGGAUGGAGGGAGUCGUACAUAUUAUUACUCGAAAUAUGGUGGACACAAAAUAAGUUGGAUGGUGGAUUAUGAUAGGUCAAUGGAGAAGCUAAUCUGCUCUUGCAUGAAAUUUGAGUCAAAGGGGAUUUCUUGUGCUCACAUGUUUCGCGUGAUGGUGGUAGAAGGAAUGAACAGGAUCCCAGAAGCAUGCAUUUCGAAGUGGUGGACAAAGGGAGUUUACUGUACUAAUAAUGGAAUGAAAGCAUUUGUUGCAGACGAACAGCUGACACAAAUGGCCAGAUAUGGCACUUUAAAGUCCAGUUGUAAUACUAUGUGUUACUAUGCCUCCUACAUGGAUGAUGCGUUUAAUGACCUGCAGCAGAUGUUUGACAAGCAUUCUGUGGACCUAAAGGAGAAGUGGAGUGACAGGGGAUAUGGGGGAGACGGAUUUGCAAUGGAUUCAAGAGUGAGGAACGAUAGAAGUAGAAGAACAUUCGGGCUGUUAGAUCCCAGGGUGUCCCGGUCUAAAGGUGAUCACAAGCAUGCAGAAGCAAAGAAGAAAAGAAAGUGUGGUCAUUGCAGAUUGCAGGCAGGCCACAACCAACGAACAUGCCCAUACAAAAAGAAUUCGCACAACACAGCAGUUCAUGAUGAUUAUAUGGAAAAUCGUUUGGAUGACUCGCUGGAAAAAUCAUUUGAAAUUGGUACGGGCUGGAGCGACUCAGGCGAAUGGAGAGGACAAGCAUUUGUACCACAACAAUUCGGUAGCAGUGGAAGGGACACAGAGGUUGAAAGAGAUGGUAUGGUUGUGCAUGGAAGUAGUAGCCGUGACGACAGACAGGUUACAGAGCAACACCGGCUUGAGGGAUUGUCUUUUGUUAUAUAUCGGUGGGGUGAAGAGUAUUCAAGGUUGCUAGGUCUAGAUGGGUAA